AUGACAAAAGGACAGUCCGAGGUAGGCAACAAGCGGUUCGCCGACUUCGACUUGGCAGGCAAGACGUUCAUCGUCACGGGCGGUGCUCGUGGCCUGGGUCUAGCGCUAGCUGAGGCCCUCGUUGAAGCGGGUGGCAGAGUAUACUGUCUGGACCGCGCCGAGCACCCCGACGAGGAGUGGGAGGCGGCACAAGGCCGCUUUGUGCCAGAAUGGGGCGGCAAGCUCGUCUACCGGCAACAGGACGUGCUCGACACUCAGCACCUGCGGAAGACGAUUGAAUCAAUCGCCGACGAGCACCAGAGCCUGCACGGGGUCAUCGCGGCGGCGGGCAUCCUGCAAAUCACACCCGCCAUCGAAUACACAUCCGACGACGCGGCCAAGAUGCUCGCCACCAAUUUCACCGCCGUGCUAGAGACGGCCUCGGCGGCCGCGGAGAUGAUGUUCAAGUACAAGUGCCGCGGGAGCAUCUGCUUGAUCGCGAGCAUGUCCGGCAUCAUCGCCAACAAGGGCAUGUUGUCGCCCGUGUACAACUCCUCCAAGGCGGCCCUCAUCCAGCUGACGCGUAAUCUCGCCAUGGAGUGGAGCCACGAGCGGGAUGACGGCGGCCCUGGGAUCCGCGUCAACUCCAUCAGCCCGGGCCACAUCCGCACGCCCAUGGUGGAGCAGACAUUUGCGGAGGAGCCGGGGCUCGAGGACCUCUGGAAGAAGGAGAACAUGAUGGGCCGGCUGGCCAAGACGGAGGAGUUUAAGGGCGCGGCGUUGUUUCUGCUGAGCAAUGCGAGUAGCUUCAUGACGGGCAGCAACCUGGUGAUGGACGGCGGACACACGGCGUGGUGA